UGCUAAUUCUACUUUCCACCAUUCUAAAAAAAAAAUGAGUUCAUCCGAAAAGGAAAUUGAACAUUGUUGUGGAAGUCAUUUUUGGAUUCUAGUACUCAUGUGUUGGGUUUUUAUGUUAUUUGCUGCCAUUUCAUCAGGACUUGCUUUAGGACUUUUGUCCUUUAGCCAAGUUGAUCUUGAAGUUCUUGUUAAAGCUGGCCAACCUCAAAUCCAGAAAAAUGCAGCGAAGAUAAUGUCCAUUGUAAAGAACCAGCAUUUAAUUUUAUGCACCCUCCUCAUGGCUAAAUCAUUGGCACUAGAGGUGGUUUCAGUUCUUAUGGAGGAAAUGUUCCCAGAAUGGAUUUCUGUGUUGCUUGCAGCUGCCCUUGUGAGUAUCAUAGCAGAGGUUAUCCCUCAAGCUUUGAAUUCUCGAUAUGGUUUAAGCUUUGGAGCCACGAUGUCUCCCUUUGUUCGAGUUCUUCAGCUACUUUUCUUUCCAGUUGCAUAUCCAACUAGUAAGUUGUUGGAUUGGCUUCUUGGCAAAGGACACACUGCACUUUUGGGAAGAGAAGAACUUAAGACUUUAGUCAAUUUACAUGCCAAUGAGGCAGGGAAAGGUGGAGAAUUAUCACUCCAUGAAACUACAAUAAUUGCUGGAGCUUUGGACUUGACAAUGAAAACUGCUAAAGAUGCUAUGACACCUUUAAGUGAAACAUUUUCACUUGACAUAAACUCCAAACUUGACAUGCAUACAAUGGGCAUGAUAAUGAGCGAAGGUCACAGCCGUAUACCAAUCUACUCUGGAAAACAAACCAAUAUUAUUGGCCUUAUCUUGGUAAAAAAUUUGAUGUUCUGUCGUCCUGAAGAUGAAACACCAAUUAAAUUUAUGACUAUAAGGAGAGUUCCAAGAGUAGGUCAAAAUUGGCCCCUAUAUGAUAUUUUGAAUCAAUUCAAGAAAGGUCAAAGUCACAUGGCCGUUGUCAUUAAGAAUAAAGAGAACAUAAGAAAUGUUGCAGUUGAUUCAGAAGGACUAAGCUCAUUUUUAUCACAUGAUUAUAUUAGCAUCUCAACUGAGGCAUCAAAUUGGCAGUCACAAGAAACAGAAUAUUAUAGUGCAACACUGAAAAAUGUUAUGCUUCAAGAGACUAGUGACUCGGAACCACACCAUAGAUCAAGACAACAUGAUACAACUACAUCUAUAGAGAACAUGGAGUAUCUUCCAAGUGGUGAGGAAGUUGUUGGGAUCAUAACUUUGGAAGAUGUCAUGGAAGAGCUACUUCAGGAAGAUAUAUUGGAUGAAACUGAUCAAUACAUUGAUGUCCAUCAAAAUAUCACAAUCAAACUGAAACAUCCAAGAAGAGAUUCUUCAGGGUCUUCUAGAAGAAUUUCGACGAAUUCUCGUCGACAACGAAGAAGUUCAGACACAUCUCGAAUUCGAUUUUCACCUUCUACAUAUAUUCCACCAAUUUCUCCUUCUAACUAAACCUAACUACAUUUUUGUGCUGACAAAUUUGUUUCAAUUGUUUUUCUUUCAACAUAGUUGGUUCAAUGAGCAUUUAUGAUAUAAAUUUCUAA